AUGUCGCGAAUGCCCUCCAAGACCCAGGUCCCGCCUGAGAAGUUCAAGGCUGUAUUCCCAACGCUGAAGCCCACCGUCUAUAAUGAUCCUAACACAGCUCGAACGCCGAACAACCUUCGGACGAUAGCCUGGAACCCCCUUGGCACAUGGGUUGCUACCGGGUGCGCAGACAAGACGCUUCGCGUUUGGAACGUGGACAAGCCCAAUGUUCGUCAGUCGACGGAGCUCAAGGGCCAUGCCGCGCCUAUUGAGAAAGUCGCCUUCAACCCGGUGAAAGAGUUGGAACUGUGUUCCGUUAGUAGCGAUGGGACUGUCAAGUUCUGGGAUGUCAGGACCAGGAAUCUCAUCAAUGAGGUGAAAGGGCUGGGCGACACCUUCACCCUAGCCUGGGCGCCCGACGGAGAGAGCCUGGUCGUUGGAAAUAAGGCAGACAAACUCUUUGUCCUUUCUCCAACGCAAAGUACGCCCCUGUCGUCACACCAACAAGAUGUACAGACAAACAACAUCACCUUCUGCUGGAGCGGUCAGCGCAUAUAUGCUACCACCGCUGAGGGCUAUACCAGGAUUCUGUCUUAUCCAAGCUUCGAACCCGCCUUCAUCUAUGAGUGGAAAGAUCCCGAGAAGGCCGAGAUGACCCUUAGCGGGCACACCUCAGCUUGUAUAACAGUAGAACUGCACCCGAUGAAUCGAUACCUGGCUACGGGUGGAGCAGACUCGCUCAUCUCCUUAUGGGACACGGAAGAGUGGAUUUGCCAGAGAACCAUCACGAAAAUGGUUGGACCCGUGAAGAGUAUCAGCUUCUCCUUCGACGGUAACUACAUCGUUGGUGGUAGCGACGAAGGGUCUGCCUUAGAGUUCACCUACGUGGAGACAGGCGAGCACCUCUUUUCAUACAAGACUGCGUCCCCAUGCUCUCUGGUUGCUUGGGCUCCAAAUCGAUAUGCCCUCGCCUAUUGCGACCUAGGAACUCUUCGAAUCAUCAGUGCUGGAGCCAAAUGA